AUGUAUCGCAGGCCAACGUUUAGGCACGACACAGGUAGCUUUGGUCGGCCAAGGCGUAGCUCAACUAUCAACUCGGCAUACUCAAGCCACGGCCAGGAUGUUGACCCUUUCUAUGGGGAUAUCGAGUCGAUACCACAGAAAAGCAAUGAAACGGAACAAGACCAAACGCAGAAUCAGGCCCAGAAGAAGACCCUCAUUAUAUUGGCCUCAUGGCAAUCCAAGAUGGACAAAUUAACGCCGAAGCAGCAGGAACUGUUUCUACAGAAUUCUCAACCUGAGGGCUUCCAAACCUUUGCUUCCAAGCUGCAGCAUAUCAUUCAGAAAAGAGUGGACAAUAGUAAACUCUUUGAAUUUACUCGCAAGAUUAAACCCUUCUACGACCUUGUUAAUUUGGUUACUCCCGUAGUAUCGGCAGCUUCCCAGUCUUGUCCCGUGCCCCCGUCUGCUAUUCUGGGUGGCAUUACUUGUAUCCUUUCAUUGGGGGCGCGACUGGAUGGCUAUCAAGCUAGGAUCAUCGAGACACUUGCCUCUAUGGCCGGUGAAUUGAGUAUCCUAGACAAGUACCACACGGAAAAUCUCUUUGCCAACGACCCGGAUAUUCAAGCUUCACAGAUCGACAUUGUUACCGAUGUUCUGGAUUUUUGCACUACAGCAGCCAAAAUAUUCUUUGAUGAUGACGGCAAGGAAAGGAAGGGCUUGAGUCUACUGUUGAAGGCGCAAUUGAAGAAUUUCGACGUCACCUUUCGUGAUAUUAAGGCAGAAUUCCAGCGACAUGUCAUCGAAUUGGAAAAAUUAAUAACCUUGGCCAAUAGCCGACGACUUCGCCUUAUCCAACGGGGUAUCGCCGCUGUUGAUGCAUCUAAUCAAAUCAAGAGGAGACAGAUGGUGGCAGAGGUGAAAAGUAUCGAUAAUCGACGGGCUCUAGAUGAAAAGAAUAGCCAUUUUUUAAAGUGGCUCCCCUCUCUACCCGUUGGUAAAAUCCAGGAAGACACCUAUGAUAGGAGGGUCAAAGGAACUGGAGAAUGGCUAAUGGAGCAUGACAUGUUCAAACAUUGGCUCGAAGAAUCUGCAUCUACCCUCCUUUGGAUUUACGGCAAGCCCGGUUGCGGCAAAUCACAUCUCGCCUCCCGAGUAAUUCACGACCUGGGCACCCAAAAUGGCGAAUCCGACUCGGCUCUUGCAUACUUAUACUGUAGCUCAACUCGGUAUACCGUCAGAAUGGACCUAAAUAGCCUCCUGGGGUCUCUUCUUGCACAGAUCUGUCUAAAAUUGACAUCUGCUGAUGAUAUCGAAUCUAUUCUUCAGAUUACCAUCUCAGAAACCAGAGAGAGCCCUUCUAGAGCCCAGAUGAAAGAAUGGAUUCGUAUUGUCUUGAAUAAGUUUCAGUCAUGUUACAUCAUCAUAGACGGUCUCGAUGAAUGCAGCAGCUUCGAGGACAAACAGUUUGAGGAUUUUUGUGCCUUCAUCACGUCUCUCGUAGAAAACAUACCAUCUCCGCCUCAUAUCAAAGUCCUUGUUUUUAGCCGACUGCACUACCAAGUCAUAGAUCGCGCCUUCAACCACUUUCCACAGAUUCAAGUUGAUGAUGGCGCUAAUGAAAAUGAUAUAAAGUCAUACAUAUCCGAAAAAGUGGACGAGGUAAAUCUUGAUCCUUCUCCUGAAGAGUACCAAGGGUUCGCAGAGAUCAAAGAUUUAAUGCUCAGCAAGGCUGGAGGAACUUUUCUGUGGGUUCGCAUAAAGGUGAAAGACUUCAAGGACAUUGGAAGCGUGGAAGACAUCAAGGAAGCUCUGCAGGACCCGGUGGAAGGGCUGGAUGAGAUAUAUGGCCAGGCAAUCCGCAGAAUUCUAGCACGCCAAAAAUACAGCCGUGAUCGUGCUUUGAGAGCGCUGCUGUGGGUGGCUAAUGCACAUCGAUCGCCAUCGAAGCUGGAACUGCUCGAGGCCCUCGCCAUAAAGCCUGGUCGGACCGGAUUGAGCGCAACGCAGCGAUUGCCCCGUGAUUUCCCACUCAGUACAGAGUGCUUUGAUCUCAUAGUCGAGGUUGACGGUUACUAUCAGCUCAUUCACGCGUCACUUAAAGAUUUUCUUCUCUCACAGGACCCAAGCCUGUCAGACUACGGAAAAGAUCAACUCAACGCUCAUGAUAUCUUGGCUGAAACCUGCUUAACAUAUUUGACCUUCGACGUGUUUCGCUCAGUGUCGAAACCGGAUGUGAACGACCUUGAAAAGCUGCUGACGCAGUACCCUUUUCUCGAUUACGCUGCCCUAUACUGGGGAAAACAUUUUGCCCUGACAAAAGGAAGUCGGACAAAAUCGCUCGACAAGUUGCUGGCAAUUCUGCUUCGAACAGAGACACUGGUGGCUCUCUGUAUCGAUAUAAUCGAACUUGACGAGCUCACGCGCGGCAGGCUCUCAAUGUCCAGUACUGCAACUCCUCUACACCUUCUAGCCAUCUUUAAUCUCCGAAGCCUAGCUGAAACGAUGCCGGAGCUGCAACAGCAUAUAAACACGCAUGAUCAGUUCCAUCAUCUUCCUUUAGAUUACGCCAUAAUAUACAAAGCAAGGGACAUGGUUAUGUGGCUUUUGGAUAUCUACCUCAGACAAGACGGAGAGUUAUUUGCCACCUGCCUGGACUGCUGCCAGAUCCGUCUCCUCGAGCAGCCGAUAAAAUGGGACUGGGGUGACGUAGUCGAGUCUCUUUUGUCUUUAGGAAUUGACCCGAUUUUGGUCAACAGCGAAAUAGUACCCUUGGAAAUGGCGAUAUCUCAAGAAUCGUAUUCUGUCUUGGAUGCGCUAAUCAAAGCCGGCCUGGAUCUAGAAACAGAGACCGCCGGAGUUACGCCACUUUUCUGGGCGGCAAGUAAGGGUUUCCUUAAGGCAGUUGAGCUACUCAUCACAGCCGGGGCAGAUGUGGAACAUACAGGACCAGAUGGAUGGACGGCCCUUCAUCACACGGCGGCCUACGGAAACCCAUAUGUCAUCUCCGAGCUCCUUAAAGGAGGCGCAAAAAUUAUGUCCUCCAUUCCGGACCACGGUGCAAAUGCGCUCCACCUCGCGGCUGACCGUGGUAACCUUGAAGCCGUUGAGCAGCUUUUGGACUACUGUGAGAAUCUGGAAUUCGUCGACGCUUUGGAUUCCUACGGUCACACACCGCUAAUGAAAGCGCUUCAAUGUAAUGAUACCGAAUUAGCCUUACUACUUCUCCAACACGGUGCGCGGCAUGACUUAGAUGAGUGGGCUCAAGUAGUGCCGAAACGUUUCUUCUCAGAACUUUGCAAGCAGUACUCCGAAACGUGCUGCGUAGCAAACAGCAGUUCGAGAACAAUUAUAGCAACGCUUACUUCAGUGUGUGAAGUUGAGAUGCAAAAAGAUGCCGAGGAGGCACAUAAUUAUCCGGAGACGACGAUGGACGUCCCUCCGAUGCCAGCCGCUAUAUCGGAUGGUGAGGACCCCCUAGAAGGCGAUAUUCUGUACGUCAUUCUGCUAGAAGCUCUGGUCUCGUUUCUGGAAAGUACGAUUACUCAAUCACGCGAUAAGACCCUGAGGGUAGAGGGUGAGGAGCAGGGAGAUGAAGAAGUUGUUGAAUUAUCACCAGCGUACGAGAUGUCGUGGCAACUUUCCAGGGCUAUCUUGGGGCAGGCAAGUGACCAAGAUAUCAUUCUAUCCGCUCUCAAAACAAUCCAAAAGCGCCUGGAGACGAAACCCAAAGAGGGAAUAGCAGGGGAAACAAACUUAAUGGAAGAUAGUGAAACUGAAAUCGGCCCUGAUGAAGAAGAAUCAACCCUCAAGAUCCCAGAGAACAAGGAUAUUAUCUCAGACUCAAAAGCCACAAAUGGGGCUACAGUAGAAACUCGCACGCAAGUAAGGAUCAUAGAUUUUCUACUUAUUCGAAAUCACCACCUCGAGCCAUCGACCGAAGCUAAUGUAUUCGGAUUCUAA